AUGAUGGCUUUCAAUCCGACCUUCAAUCCGCUUCUCACACCAAAAGCAACAGAAGAGAGCCAAAACUCGGCGCCGACGACGAGCACAACUCCGCCAGCCGGAAAUAAUCAGCUUCCAAAUUUCAUGCCAGUGCCCGGCAACCCGCUGUUCGGGCAGUUUCAGUUCCCGCAGGCGGUUCUUGCACAGGCGAUGGCCACCCAGGCAGCUCGUGCCGCCAUGGGAUACCCGGUAUAUCCGCCAGGGCUACCACAGGACUACAAACCCGAGAUGCUUGCCAUGGCCGGUGGUCCGAAUCCGUUCCCGGUUCUCAUCGAUAAUUCUCAUCUCUAUCAUCCAUACGGGCUCGACGGUAUGAAGAAGCGCAAUAUUUCUCGCGACGCCACAGCUCCUUUGAAGAAGUGGCUUCAUGCACAUAGCCGCAAUCCGUACCCGACGAAAGGUGACAAAGUACUGCUGGCAAUGGAGGCGCGUAUGACACUAACACAGGUUUCCACUUGGUUCGCAAAUGCUCGACGAAGGCUGAAAAAGGAGAACAAAGUGACUUGGUUGCCACAGAAUUGCCGAAGAAAUGGAGACGAUGACGAUGAUGAUGAUGAUCUUGCCGAUAAUAUGGAACGACCUUCAAGUUCAGCUUCAACAGUUUCCGAAAGGAAUAAGGAAUCAUUAAUGGGCAAACGUCAUGCUUCGUCACCAACGCCUUCUGGAGGGUCCUCAGACGAUCUGACACCCAAAAAACCGAAGAUCUGGUCGAUUGCCGAUGUUGCGACAGAUGAAGCGAAAAAGGACUCGCCGUCAUCGGAUGAGAACACGAUCGCGGCUGGCCACGCACUGGAAGAAGCCGCGAAGGCGCAGAAGAAUUUACAGGAGAACAUUAUGCAGAUCGCGCGGAUCAAUCCGCAGAUGAUGGAAGUGAUGCGUCAAGCAGCCAUGGCGAAUCCCGCGUUCAUGUUCAACUUGAAUCCGUUUGCCCUUCUCUCAAUGAAUCAAGCAUCGGCGAAUGGAGCAGCCAAUUCACAAGGAAGCCAACCGAAUGCAGGACUCAUGCAAUCCGAAGAAUCCGGAACGUCGCCAAACUCGACGCGGGACGAUGAUGAGGCGGCCACUUCACCGUCUUCACCCCAUCUAUCACCGCAAACGCCAGCGGAAGUUCGCUCGGACCAUCAAAAACAGCCGAGAAAGUCGUCGAAAUCGCGCCAAACCAAAUCAAGUCUCGAUAAUCGACCGCCGUGGAAUAAUGACACUUAUAUCGAAGGCUAUGAUGAUGUUGACGAGAAUGGACGAUAUAGAAAAAAGAGCAACGGCGGUAUGCUGAAAUCUGUAGGGAAGCCGGAAGAAAUGGCCAAAAACUGGACCGAGUCGCUCCGCGAGGGACACCAUAAAUGA